UCCUCCCACGGCAAAUCCCCCAAACGUCGUGCAGGAUGUGGAGAUGAUUUCCCGCUAUCGUAUCUGGCACGGAAGCCAGAAUCCGGGCUGCUGGUCAUUCCCACGCCACACGGUAAGGUAAAUCAUCGGUAUAAUCGGUAUCUUGGAAAAUGGAUGUCUGGGAUUCUCCGCAUUACUUUUUUUUGCUUGAGACUUGGCAGGUCUGGAGUCGGCUUUCGGAAAUCCUAGCAUCAUCAUCCCAUUCACUCAGCGUCUUGCGUCGGCCAGACAGACAUCUGCCCGCACAGAGGACCACAGAUAUAUAUGGGCCAGUUCACUCCCAACUGUCAUCUCUUUUUUUCAUCAGACAACUACUAUCCAGUUUACAUCGAUACCCCCAAACCAAACAAAGAAAAAACAAAACACACAAUGGCACCCGUUGCAGUCGCCGCUGAGACCCCCGUGGCCCCCGUCUUCAACAAGAAGCGGGAUGGACAGGCCCUCGAGGAUCUCUCCGACGCCAUUGACGAUGUCAACGUCCUCAAGGCCAACAUGAAGAAUGAGAAAGACCUCUACGAAGAGUCUGAGUUCGACAAGAACAAGGACAAGACUCAAUUCCGUCAGUACGAGGACGCCUGUGACCGGGUCAAGAACUUCUACAAGGAACAGCACACCAAGCAGACUGUUGCCUACAACCUCCAGGCUCGUCACAACUUCCACUCGAAAACACGCGCUGAGAUGACCGUCUGGGAGGCCAUGGAGCGCCUCAACACUCUUAUCGACGAAUCGGACCCCGACACCAGCCUCUCCCAGAUCGAGCACCUCAUUCAGUCCGCUGAGGCCAUCCGUCGCGAUGGCAAGCCUCGCUGGAUGCAGCUGACUGGUCUCAUCCACGACCUGGGCAAGCUUCUCUUCUUCUUUGACGCCCGUGGCCAGUGGGAUGUCGUGGGUGACACCUUCCCUGUCGGCUUGGGCUUUGACGACCGAAUCAUCUACGGUACCGAGUCAUUCAAGGACAACGAAGACUACGGUCACGAGAUCUACAGCAGCAAGUUCGGUAUUUACAGCCCCGGAUGUGGCUUGGAUAACGUUAUGUUGUCCUGGGGUCACGACGAGUACCUCUACCACGUUGCUAAGGAGCAGUCGACCCUCCCCGACGAGGCCCUCGCCAUGAUCCGUUACCACUCCUUCUACCCCUGGCACAGCGCUGGUGCCUACCACGAGUUGAUGAACGACCAUGACAAGGAAAUGCUGAAGGCCGUCAAGGCUUUCAACCCUUACGAUCUGUACAGUAAGAGUGACGAUGUUCCCUCUGUUGAGGAGCUCAAGCCAUACUACCUGGAGCUCAUCGACGAGUACUUCCCCAAGAAGGUGAUCAAGUGGUAGAAAGCCUUUUAUCCUGUGAUUUUUUGUUGAUAUACAUAAAGAUACCGCAUUUUGUUUCUAUUUCUGUUUUUAUCAUGAUUUUUGGCGAUUUUACUACACGUUCUGUGACGACACUGAAGAACUAGCAGUCGAAAAAGAACUGCAAGGCUCAUGACAUUAUUCAAUGAAGAUUGACUCUGACCGAGUCUCAAAGAUUUACUUCUCUUAUCUUAUACCCAUAACUAUAUCCCAAAGUACCUACAUAGAAAUAGUACUCAAAGAAACUACACCAUAUGAACGUAGACGCUGAUCAUUUUUUUCUUUAACACCCCAAUCAUCUGUGCUUCUCUUUCUCUCUUCGAUUCUUUUUCUUUUCCAGACGGACCAGACCAAAUCAAAUUCCGAGUCGGAAACGGGUUCCCGCUUCAGUGGGGAAAGAAAUAUGGGGCACUGUAGCAAUGAAC